GAAUCGUUUUAUUUUCAUUAUUUUUGGUGCAAUUUCCCAGUGAACAGGUCAGCAAGCUAACGUGAGCUGAAAUUGUUGGUCUACACUCGAUACACAGCGUUCAAUCGAGUGCGAAUGUAGCGCGGCUAGGAUUGGCAGCGCUCAUCCGGCGAGCGUGGGUAGCAUCCUCAAGUGGCUGUGCUUGGUGCUCCUUGUACUAUACUUUUCUCAACCGGGUGCUGUUUUUUGCGGCGCACAAUGGCAACAAACUACCCAACAAAUGUGUCCGCACAGCCGGCCGCGCAGCAGGCGGUUGAUCCGACGCAAAUGAGCCACUUCCGAAGCUUUGUAAACAUGCUGGGCGAUACCGGUGCAAAGGAUGAGUUCAAGCUCAAGGCCGCCCAGGAGCUGAGCGAGCAUUUUGAGCUGAUCACCCAAUGCAGCGGGUACCAGAGCUUUCUGGAGCAGGCGAUGCGUGUGUUCCUGAAGGUUCUGCAGGACGGUGAACCAAUGUUUAUUUCCGAAUUCAAUAUGCAACAGGUUCGAAAGCUAAUUUUGGAAAUGAUCCACCGGUUGCCCAACAAUGAGCUCGUGCGGCCAUUCGUUAAGUCAAUCAUCAUCCUGACCAUCAAGCUGCUCCAGACGGAGAACGAAGAAAACGUUCUGGUGUGCCUGCGCAUCAUUGUUGAUAUCCACAAGCAGUACCGACCACCAUUCCAUGCGGAAAUUCAGGACUUUCUGGCGUACUUGAAAAAGAUCUACACCGAUCUGCCGAAGCACAUGGGUGUGAUGUUUGAACCGCGGCAACCAAUAAAGGUGAAGGAUUUGAAGGAGCUCAACUUUGAGACGGUUCUGCCAGAUAUUUUCACCGUCACACCGAUCCAGCUGGAGAAGAAAACUGCCGAUGGGAAGACGACCACCGCGGCGUACAAUCUGAUACCAAAAGGUAUCAAUUCGUUGAAAGUGCUACAAGAACUACCAAUCAUCGUAGUUCUUUUGUAUCAAAUAUACAAACAAAAUCUCCACCAAGAGGUGGGAGAAUUCAUACCGUUGGUAAUGAGCACAAUCAUCUUACAGCCAUCGCUUGCUCAUAAAAAUUCGCCCGGAUUCAACAAAGAGAUCUACGUCGAUUUUAUGGGUGCGCAAAUUAAAACGCUUACCUUUUCGGCCUACAUCCUGCGGCUGUUUCCGGAGGUAGUAAACACACAUGCCACGACGAUGGUGAAGGGUAUGAUAAACCUGCUGGAAAGCUGCCCGAAAGAGGUUGCUAGCUUGCGCAAGGAGUUAUUAGUGGCAUCGAGACACAUUCUGCAGACAGAGUUCAGAAAUCACUUUGUGCCAAUGAUUGAGAAGCUUUUCGAUGAUGACGUACUGCUCGGAAAGGGUUGGACGACGUACGAAAACCUACGCCCACUGGCCUACUCGACGCUGGCCGACCUGGUGCACCACAUUCGGCAACAACUGAACCUGCAGGCCCUCUCGAAGGCGGUGCACCUGUUCGCAAAAAACAUACACGACGAAUCAUUACCGACCACCAUUCAGACCAUGUCCUGCAAGCUGUUGCUCAACCUGGUCGAGUGUAUUCGAUUGAAGAGCGAGGUUGAACCAGUGGCCGCCCGCGAACUGAUGAUAACCAUGUUGCGUGUGUUUACGAUUAAAUUUCAAACUAUUGCCAAACUCCAACUCCCACAGUUGAUGCAGAAAUGGAAAGCCAAACCAACCGAUUGUGCUACAACGCCAGGCCAGGGAGAACCAAAAGAUUUGCUUACCGCCUGUUCGAUAGACGGCACGGACGGUGCAGGACAGAAGGCUACCAGUAUUGGGUUACCAGUGCCAAGCAACCUAAACGUGUCCGAGUAUCGCAGUCUGAUCAAAACGCUAGUGUGCGGCGUGAAGACUAUCACGUGGGGAUGCCCAUCACCGAAACCGCUCAACCCUAACGACCACCAGGGACCGGCGAAACUUUUCAAUCCGAACGAAAUUAUCAUCUUUAUAGACCUGUUCCAUUGGGCGUUGGAAACGUUGGACAUCUACACCAUCAACAUCCCAACGGCCGGCAUGGCGCAGGCCAUCCCGAUUCAGAAGCAAACGCUCCAGAUGCCACGCUCAAAGGACGAGAAGGAAGUGUUAGAACAUUUCAGUGGCGUGUUUCUCACGAUGGAUCCACAGAAUUUUCAGGAAAUAUUCGCAUCCACUAUUGACUUUAUGGUUGAUCGUUUAUACAAAAACACCAAUCUACAGGUGAUCGCAAACUCGUUCCUAGCGAACCCGAAAACGUCGCCUCUGUUUGCGACCGUAUUGGUCGAGUAUCUGCUCGAGCGCAUGGACGAGAUGGGUUCGAACAUCGAGCGGUCGAAUCUGUACCUGCGCCUGUUCAAACUUGUGUUUGGCAGCGUGAGUUUGUUUGCGGCCGAGAACGAACACAUGCUGCGGCCACAUCUGCACAACAUCGUGAACCGAUCAAUGGAGCUGGCGAUGACGGCCAAGGAACCGUACAACUACUUCCUGCUGCUGCGGGCCCUGUUCCGUUCGAUCGGCGGUGGAUCCCACGAUCUGCUAUAUCAGGAGUUUUUACCAUUGCUGCCGAAUCUUCUCGAAGGGUUAAAUCGGCUGCAAAGUGGCUUCCACAAGCAGCACAUGAAGGAUCUGUUUGUCGAGCUGUGUCUUACCGUGCCGGUGCGGUUGUCUUCCUUGCUGCCCUACCUGCCGAUGCUCAUGGAUCCACUCGUGUCUGCUUUGAAUGGCUCACAUACUCUCAUCAGUCAGGGGUUGCGAACGCUAGAGCUGUGCGUGGACAAUCUACAGCCUGAUUUCCUGUACGAUCAUAUUCAACCGGUUCGUGCCGACCUUAUGCAGGCACUAUGGCGCACACUCCGCAACCAGGAUAGUGCGGCCGUUGUGGCGUUCCGUGUGCUGGGCAAGUUUGGUGGUGGCAACCGAAAGAUGAUGAUUGAACCACAAAAGCUCAAGUACCAGGAACACAAUAUAACCCACCCGGCCGUGGUGGCCUACUUCCAAGACCACCGGAAUCCGAUCAAUUUCGCCGUGGACAAAGUUAUCGAGACCGCAUUCAACGCACUCAAGUGCAGCACAACCGAUCCGUUCUAUUGGCGGCAGAGCUGGGAAGUGAUUCGCUGUUAUCUGGCCGCCUCAAUUACCCUGGACGACGACAAGUACACACUGCAGAAGCUGUUCAUGCACCCAAGCUUCACCGAAAACAACGUGCAGUGUGGACCGGCAGCGAACUAUAUCGCACCGGAUCGGCGUGCCCGGCUUACGCACCAGACGGCUCUGACCGGAAUGUUUGUAGCGGCGGCGACGAAAGAACUUCGCGGUUCCGUGCUCCCCACGAUGGUGGCCGUGGUACGUCACUACACGAUGGUAGCAAUCGCCCAGCAGGCAGGUCCGUUUCCGCUUCACAAGCAUCCACAGCAGAGCGACCGGGGCAUGGAUCCGCUCGUGCUGAUCGAUGCGCUGGCGGAAAUCAUGGGCCAUGAGGAAAAGGAACUGUGUAAACCGGGUAACCUGGCGAUGGUGCUUAUUCUUGAGACGGCCACCAAUAUAAUGGGCUCAAAGGAGCGCGCCUGCCGACUGCCGCUGAUGAACUAUCUCGGGGAGAAGAUGGCCGCGCUCUGCUACGAGCGGCCGUGGUAUUCGAAGAUGGGCGGCUGCAUCGCACUCAAGUUUCUCUACCAGAACAUGGCACUUCGGUGGCUCUACCAGCACUUAUUCGUCUUCCUGAAGGCGUUCAUGUUUAUCAUCAUGGACCUCACGGGUGAAGUGUCAAGCGGCGCGAUCGAUAUGGCCCGCACGUUCCUGGAGAAGAUGCUGCGCAUCUGCAUGACACCGCUGGAGAAGGACUGUAAGAACGAGGAGCUACUGGCGACGCAGAAGAAAGCCAUGUACGACGUGAUCCACGAGCUGGUGCGCCAGGUCACGAGUCCCCACACGCUAGUUCGGGAGACGGCCAUGGCUUCUCUACGUUUGAUCGCGGAGCUUCAGGAGAAAACGGUCACGGAGGUAAUGAGCCCCCACCGGGAAGUUCUGGUGGAUAUGAUACCUCCGAAAAAGCACCUACUACGUCAUCAACCGGCCGCCGCUCAGAUUGGCCUGAUGGAUGGAAACACCUUCUGCACUACUCUGGAACCUCGUCUUUUUACAAUUGAUCUCGCCAUUUUGACGCAUAAAGUGUUCUAUCACGAAGUAUUGACGCUCUCGGAUGCGGAAGACGCCACACUGAACAAGCUGGAAUGUUACAAAACGGUUACAAACUUGGUGCCGCUGCGUAAAAGUGCACUGAACGCAUUGGCCGCAUGUCAUUACAUACCGAACGGCUCACGCGAUAAAAUUUUUGGUAUUUUGUUCAAGGCACUUGAGAAAAAUAACGUCGAGCUGCAGGAGGCGGCUUUUCAGUGUAUGAAAAAUUUCCUUCAAGGAUGCACGGUCACCAAAGAAACGAUCCACACGGUGAUACGUCCGCUGCUGUUGCUUCUCGGGGAUCACCGCAAUCUUACGCUCAGCGGAACACGCCGACUUUCCUACCUGACGCAGCUCUUCCCGGCCAUGUUCAACGAGAAGCUGUGCGACUCGUUGUUGCAAAUUUUAAAGAAAAUGCUCGAGGUGACAAUCACCAACAACAAGGGCAAUUUUCUGGCAACCUCCAAAUCCAGCGAAAUGGAGAAGAAGAUCGUGACGAUCCUCGGCAUUUUCCACCAGAUACCGGCCGCCUCACCCAAGUUCAUCGAGAGCCUCUGCAAGCUAAUUUUGCAAGCGGAGAAAAGUUUAAUGAUUGAACCAUCAUCCCCGUACCGACCGGCGUUGGUGAAGUUCCUGCUACGCUAUCCGAAGGAAACGAUUGAACUUCUACUGAGCGAUGCCGUAAUAAAAGACGCCCAGUGGAACCGAUUCACGAUCUUCCUACUUCGCCACAAGGAAGGAACCACGUUCCGGAACGCAGCACAGCUGAGGGGUCAACGUUUGACCCAACUCAUCCUGCUUAAUUCAGAAUCUUCUGUAGCAGCUGGUGCAGGUGCGAAGACGUACGAAGAGCGCUAUGAAGCACAGCAUCAGGCUGUCCUGGUCAUACACACGCUGGUGGAAUACGAUGGGCCGUGGAUUACAAGUCAGGUGGAAAUUAUUACGGCACUUAAAAAUAUAUGGAAGAAUGAUCUCUACAAGACAUGCCAAACAGCGGUGGUGUGCGAUUUGUGGCAUCUGAUCGCCAAGAUUCUGAUCGAAUACUUCUCCUACAACACGAACGAGAUUCUCCUACUAUUCCAGCUACUCCGAGCGCUCUGCCUGCGUUUUGUACCGGAUUUUCAGUUCCUGCGCGACUUCCUCCAGAACACCGUGUGCCAGAGCUACACGGUCGAGUGGAAGCGUAAAGCGUUCUUCCAGUUUGUCGAGGUGUUCACUAGCGCCGAACUGGCACAGGACCUGAAGGCGAAGAUCCUAACGAUGAUCAUUAUACCGAGCUUUGCGCUGAGCUUCGAGAAGGGAGAAGGAAACAAACUGGUCGGUGCGCCACCGGCUCCCUACCAGGAGGACGAUAGCAACGUGGUUUCGGUGUUUAUCAACAAGGUAAUCGACCCGGACAAACCGUUCGCUAACGAAGACUGCGUGCGCAUUGCGCUGCUGCAGUUCGCGUGCCUACUGGUAGAAAAAGCGUCCCCGCACAUCCACGACGGUGACGCAAACAAUAAGCGCGAGGGUAACAAACUCCGCCGGUUGAUGACGUUUGCGUGGCCGUGUUUGUUGCCGAAGAACUGCGUUGAUCCGUCGGCGAGGUACCACGGGCAUCUGUUGUUGAGUCACAUCAUCGCGAGACUGGCCAUUCACAAGCGCAUCGUUCUGCAAGUGUUUCACUCGCUGCUUAAAGCUCACGCCGUCGAAGCACGUAAGGUCGUUCAGCAAGCGCUUGAGGUUCUCACCCCCGCAAUGCCAUUGCGCAUGGAAGACGGCAACACGAUGCUAACCCACUGGACGAAAAAGAUUAUCGUGGAGGAGGGUCACUCCAUGCAGCAACUGUUCCACAUUCUACAGUUGAUCGUGCGCCACUACAAGGUUUACUACCCCGUGCGCCACCACCUCGUGCAGCAGAUGAUCAACUCGAUGCACCGAUUGGGCUACGUCGGCAACACCUCGGCCGAGUAUCGCAAGCUGUCGAUUGAACUGGCGGACGUUAUCAUCAAGUGGGAGAUGCAACGGGUGAAAGACGAGGUGGAUGAGGCUGCGGCAGCCAUCGGUACGAAGACCGAUGGAUCGAACCGUCCAAUCGACCGUGCUCAGUACGAUACGGUGCUCAACUUUCUCUUCCGGAUGGCGUGUCAGUUCAACGACACCACACCAGGUACGCCCGGAAUUGUGACGACGGGUGACAACCUGUCCCGACGUUGUGUGAACCUACUGAAAGUGGCCAUCAAACCGGACACUCCGGUUGACCUGAAGCUAGUUUGGUUGGAUAAAAUAUUCCUCAGUGUCGAAACGCAGCAGGCAAGCACCGGAAACAUCUGCACGGCUCUGGAGUUGCUCACCUUCCUGCUCGGUGUGCUGAAGAAGGACCAGAUCCUGAACAUGCUGCGGCCACUGCAACGUGGACUGUCCGCUUGCGUAACUUGCUCAAAUACGCGCGUCAUCAAACUGAUGCAUGGUUUGCUUUCGCGACUAAUGGCAAUCUUCCCUACCGAUGCGCAGCACAAAUGCGACGAACUGGAAACUCUUUAUAGCACCAUCUCACGCAUGAUCUACGAGGGGCUGGCGACAUACGAGAAAACGUCCCAGGCGAAUCCGUCAUCCCUGUUCGGUACACUCAUGACGCUUAAGGCGGCCUGCUCGAACAACCCAGGCUACAUCGAUCGGUUGAUCGUGCCCUUUAUGCGACUUCUCAAUCGCUUAACAAAAGAUCAUCUGACCGGGUUUGGUGGCGUACUAGUUGUCGCCGGGCUCGGUCCGGGUGCUUCCCUGAGCGACGUCGCGAACACAAGCUCGAUCGCGCUAGAGCUGCUGGUGGUUUCGCUCGAUCUGGUGAAGAAUCGGGUCGUCGUGAUGAGCGUCGAGCUGCGUAAGAUGUUCAUCGGCGCCAUACUGGUCGGGCUGAUCGAGAAGAGCAACGACUCGAAGGUGAUCAAAGCGAUCGUAAAGAUCAUCGAGGAGUGGAUGAAGAGCAACAAAAACACUCCGGUCACGGUGCAGCAGGCGCCAACGCUGCGGGAAAAGUCGAUCCUGCUCGUAAAGCUGAUGCAGUACGUCGAGAAGCGAUUCGCGGACGAUCUGGAGCUGAACGGACAGUUUCUCGAGUUGGUGAACUAUAUCUACCGCGAUGAGGUGCUCAAGACGACCGAGCUGACCUCGAAACUGGAGGCAGCCUUUGUGGCCGGUCUUCGUUGUCCGGUGCCGCGUAUACGGGCGAAGUUCUUCGAAGUGUUCGACGGGUCGAUGCGUCGCCGGCUACACGAUCGACUGCUUUACAUCAUAUGCUCGCACUCGUGGGACUCGAUCGGGCAGCACUACUGGAUCAAACAGUGCAUCGAGCUGCUCAUACUGACGGCCAAUACGACCACACAGAUACAGAACAGUGUGGAAAGCCACUUGCUACCCAGUAUAUCGUCGGUAAUCAACUUUGCCGACGCAGACGAGCGUAAGAACUUUGUCAUCUAUACAACGAUCCACAACGACUCAACGGACGCGUUCGAUCCAAUCGAGGACAAGGAGGACGCGUUCGACAUGGACAUGAGCGUGGACUCGAACAUUUCCCGGCACGAGGAGAGCGAGCGGCCGGUGGCCAACCGUCACGCGGCACUCGCCAAGCUCAUUAGCCGGCAGGCCGAGUUUAUGGAAGCGAACCGAAAGGUGCGCACCGAGCAGCUGCUCGUUGCGACGGCUCAGCUUUGCCACAUGGACACGCAGCUGGCCGAGAAAGUAUGGCUCGACAUGUUCCCGAAGCUUUGGGAGGUGCUGGACCCGAUCCAGCAGCAAUCGCUCGAUCGAGAAAUCAUUCCGUUCGUCGGGUCCGGGGCGCACAUCAUCCAGCGUGAUUGCAACCCGAGCGCGAUGCACACGUUUGUGGAGGCGGUCGCACAGUGUCAGCCACCUGUCUAUCUGCCGCCGAAGGUGAUGGGUUACCUCGGCAAGUCGCACAACCUCUGGCACCGGAUGACCCUGAUGCUCGAGUCGCUGGCGGAUGAUUGGGCGAACGUGAAAGAGCUGCUGCCCGAGUGCGUCGAUCAGGACGACCAUGGCAUGCGCGACUGUUCGAUCGUGCGUGAGCCACUGUCACAGAUGUACUCGGCGCUGUACGAAGAGGACCUGUGGGCCGGGCUCUGGCAGAAGUACGCGAAGUACGCCGAGACAAGUCGCGCGAUCGCGCACGAGCAGAUGGGUUACUUCGAGGAAGCGCAAGGUAUCUACGAUUCAGCCAUGACGCGCUUCAAGCAGGACCUCAGCAACGGUCAGACACCGACGGACAUGAACAGCGAGGUGCAGCUGUGGGAGACGCACUGGAUUCGAUGUGCUAAGGAGCUGAACCAGUGGGACAUCCUGAUGGACUUCGGGCAGCUGUGUCGGGACAAGAACACGCACCUGAUCAUGGACAGUGCGUGGCGCGUGCCGGACUGGAAUCUAAUGAAGCAAGCCCUACUGAAGGUGGAACAGUCCUGCCCGAAGCAGGUCGGGUAUAAGAUCAAUCUGUACCGCGGCUACCUGGCCAUCCUAAGCCAGGAAGAGUCACAACUGGCCGGUAACGUUUCGGUGGAGCGGUACGUUGAAAUGGCAUCGGCGUACUGUAUGCGCGAGUGGCGCCGUUUGCCACCGAUCGUGUCGCACAUUCACCUACCGAUCCUGCAAGCCUCGCAGCAGAUCAUGGAGCUGCAGGAGGCGAGUCAGAUCCACCAGGGGCUGCUGCAAAACCGGACUACCUCGCUGCACGACAUGAAGGCGAUAGUGAAGACUUGGCGCAAUCGUUUGCCGGUUAUCGCGGACGACCUGUCCCACUGGAGCGACAUAUUCACGUGGCGCCAGCAUCACUACCAAAUCAUCACGGCGCACCUGGAGCAGCACAACGAAUCGAAUGCGCAGUGCAUGCUAGGCGCACACGCAUCCGCCCAAACGAUCAUACACUUUGGAAAGAUUGCGCGUAAGCAGAACCUUACCAGCGUCUGCCAGGAUUCGUUGUCGCGCAUCUACACCAUCCCAUCGGUGCCGGUGGUAGACUGCUUCCAGAAAAUAAGACAACAAGUAAAGUGCUGCUUGCAGAUGGCAUCCGUAACUAGCCGAGCCGAACUCGCCGAAGCACUCGAGGUGAUCGAACCGACGAACCUGGACUACUUCACAAAAGAGAUGACUGCCGAAUUUUUCGCGCUGAAGGGUUUGCUACUGGCGCAAACUGGACGCUCGGAGGAAGCGAACAAAGCGUUCAGUGCCGCGGCCCAGCUGCAUGACACGCUGAUCAAGGCGUGGGCCUUCUGGGGCGACUACCUGGAGCACAUCUUUACCCGUGACUACCGCCAGAUCCAUCUCGGUGUGUCGGCCGUCACCUGCUUCCUGCACGCCUGCCGCAGCCAGAUCGAGAGCAAGUCACGCAAAUAUCUGGCCAAGGUGCUGUGGCUACUUUCGUACGACGACGAUAAGUCAUCGCUGCUGGAUGCACUCGAUAAGUAUGCCGUCGGUGUACCGCCGGGUCAAUGGGUUCCGUGGAUCCCCCAGCUGCUAUGCAGUUUGGUGCAGUACGAUGGCAACGUGAUUAUGAACCUGCUCAGCCAAGUAGGUCGGAUGUUCCCGCAAGCCGUUUACUUCCCCAUUCGUACGCUCUACCUCACGUUGAAGAUAGAACAGCGUGAACGAUAUAAGAGUCUCGAGCAGGCUUCUAUCGGCGCUGCUAGUGCCGGUGCUGGUGCCGGUGCCACCACAACGCCUAUCCGGGCUACCCCACCGAUGUGGCGCUGUUCGAAAAUUAUGCACCUUCAGCGGGACAUUCACCCAACCGUGCUGAGCUCGCUGGAGGGUAUCAUCGAUCAGAUGGUUUGGUUCCGGGAAAACUGGUAUGAGGAGGUACUGCGUCAACUCCGCCAGGGACUGACCAAGUGCUACGCGAUCGCGUUUGACAAUCGGGGCGCUGUGAACGAAGCCACCAUCACGCAACACACGCUCAACUUCAUCAAAAAGCUUGUGUCCACGUUUGGAAUCGGUAUCGAGAACAUCUCCAGCUCGGUAUCAACCACAUUCGCGUCGGCCGCCUCGGAAUCACUAGCACGGCGCGCCCAAGCCACCGUGCAGGAUCCCGUGUUCCAGAAGAUGAAGGGUCAGUUUACGAGCGAUUUCGAUUUUUCUCAACCUGGUGCCAUUAAGCUGCACAACCUGAUAAUGAAGCUGAAAAUGUGGAUCAAGAUUCUCGAGAGCAAAACGAAACAAUUGCCCAAAUCAUUCCUGAUCGAAGAAAAGUGCCGCUUCCUGUCCAACUUUAGUCAAAAAACGGCCGAGGUGGAAUUACCGGGUGAGCUGCUGUUGCCGAAGAAUUCUCACUACCAUAUUCGUAUCGCGCGUUUCAUGCCGCGUGUUGACAUCGUGCAGAAGCACAAUACGGCCGCCCGCCGGUUGUACAUUCGUGGUACGAAUGGUAAAAUCUACCCGUAUCUCGUCGUGAACGACACGGGCAUUGCAGAUGCACGGCGCGAAGAGCGUCUCCUGCAGCUGCUCCGCAUGCUCAACUCGUAUCUGGUGAAGCGCAAGGAAACGUCCCGUCGGUUCCUCUAUCUCACCGUGCCGCGAGUCGUGGCUGUCUCGCCGCAGAUGCGACUGGUCGAGGACAACCCGGCAUCGGUUUCACUGCUGGAGGUGUAUAAAUCGUGCUGCGCGAUGCUAAACAUGGAGCACGAUGCACCGAUCACGCGGUACUACGAUCGACUAGCGAAAAUUCAGGCGCGCGGAUCGCCCACGAAUCACGUCAUUCUACGUGACAUCCUCAAGGAGACGCAGGCGCAGAUGGUUCCAAAGACGCUGCUGAAGGAGUGGGCCGUUCGAACGUUCCCGUCCGCCACCGACUACUGGCAGUUCCGGAAGAUGUUCACGCUACAGCUGUCGCUGUCCUGUCUGCUCGAGUACGCACUCUGCCUGACGCGGCUCAACCCGGACAUGAUCUACCUGCACCAGGAUUCGGGCCUGAUGAACGUGUCGUACUUCCGCUUCGAGAUGGACGACAGUACGGGCUUUCUGGAUGUUAACCGACCGGUACCGUUCCGCUUGACGCCCAACAUUGCCGAGUUCAUCUCGUCGGUCGGUGUGGCUGGACCGUUUACCGCUUCGGCCGUGGCGACCGCUCGCUGCUUCAUCCAGCCGAACUUUAAGCUGACCACAAUCCUGAAAGCGAUCCUCAAGGACGAAAUCAUCGCGUUCCACAAGAAACGCCUGAUCGACGAGAAGGUACUCGAUCAGACAAGCCAAGCGGGUGGUACAACUUCGACGCAGGCAUCAACUACGGCAAUCAGCGCGAACAACAUCUCUUCUAGCACAUCGACGCACUCGGCGGGCGGCACGCAGACGCAGGGUGCCAGUAGCGCCACAAACUCCACCCAAGGUGGCCAAGGCGAUCAGGAUAAUGCAUCGAUUGAAAUCGACGCAGAAACCGUCAUCACGACGGUCACCAAAGCCGUCAGCACCAUUAUGGGCCGGCUGAACAACCUUUCGCGCAUCGACAGUGGAGAGUCGAACCGGAUGAGCACCUUCGUGCACGUGGCAACCAACUCAGACAAUCUAUGCCUGAUGGAUCCCGCCUGGCAUCCAUGGUUGUAAAGAGCAAAAUAAAAAAGGCAAGUAAAAGGUAUAGAAUCGGAACGUAACGUACAAUAAUCUAAAGGAACUUAGCAUUAAGAAAGUUUGCGCAGAAUGUGGUGUGAAGGUUUUACUCUGAAAAUAAUAUGAAUUGAAAAUUAAUAAAUCUUAUGA